AUGGAAGAAAUGAAGAAGAAUGGUGUCUGGAUGCCCAGAAGCAGUCAAAAACCGGUAAAGACAGAGUGGAAGGCCGGUUCUGUCAUUUUCACCUACUUUGAAGGGGACGUCAACAGUAUGGUGGAUGAACACUUCUCCAGAGCUCUACGUAACCUCAAGAGGCCCCACGAAUCUAGUUCCUCAAGUCACAGUGACAAUGUGACCCUCAAAAAUGGGGUGAAUAAAAUAUGGAUGGACACCAGCCACACGGAUAGAGAGCGCAAAGUCGAUAACAGCAUGCCCCCGAAUCAAAGGCAUCUCUCUUCUUGGGCAAAGCCACAGCUACCAGCAUCUCCUGAAAAUGAAGCCAGAAGCAGCAGCUUGGAUGAAUAUGGUCCUAAGGCUAUGGAUCAGCACUCAGUGUCCAUGCCCAAGAUCCCCUCUGCACUUCCUCUGGAGCCGUGGCACUUCUCCUCCCUAGUGAGGCCAGGCUUCCUAGCGCCUGCCUACUUCCCUGUCUUUCCUGACAGGCAUCUGACUCCAGAGUUCUACCAUGUCUUUCCUGACAGGCGUCUGACUCCAGAGUUCUACCAUGUCUUUCCUGACAGGCGUCUGACUCCAGAGGUCUACCCUGAUGUAAGAUAUGGGUCUCUUCAACAUUUAGUCCAGCAAGAUAGAUACCAAAGCCAUCGUCUGGAACCUGCUGCCAGGGAGAACCGCAGCCCUGCCAAGAUAGCUGGAAGCACUGGAUCGGUCAUGAACCCGCCUCCCAACUCAGUCCACUACAAGAAGAGACUCUAUGCUCGUGAAGCUGCCAGUGCCAGUCUUGAUGAUGAAAGAAGCCCAUCUCCAAAGAGAAGAAGAGAUGCCUACUAUUAUUAG